UCCAAUUAUCUAUGGGUUCAUGAAGUCAUCUGUCAUUUUAUAGACAAGCAAUACAAAAACAUUAAAUUAUUGUUAAUGUAUUCGCCAGUGCUCAUAAUGUUAUUGAACUAUGGCGUGGCGGUUAAAAAGAUCAACUUGAAAUGAAAUUGCCAUUUAAUAUAGUUUUGACUCCAAUUUUGAAACCGUAUUUGGGAAAUAUAAAGUCGUGUUGUCAACAUUAUACAUUUAUAAUUAGUUACUAUUAUACUUGCUUCUACGGGACUGUCGGCUUAUUUAUUAGUGUUCAUCACCUAAAAACACAUUUAGGAGAACAGCCGAUGGCGUCGACGGAGAAUAUUUACAAUUUCAUGAUCAUUCACGAUUUGAAGAUCAUAGCGACCUCAAUGGGCUUCAUACAAUAUGUUUGUCUGCUUAUAGGAUGUUUAACAGAGAACCCAGCAUUAUUUCUACCUCAUUUAUUCGGGCAGCUUGUCGUAAUAUUCAUUAAAAUAGUGAACGCUUUUCUUUCACUAACAAGAACAAAUUCGAAGUCAUUACGAGGGCUUCUGCACAAAGCACUUAGUAUUUUGAUAAUGACUUUCAAUUGGAUGCAGGAAUUUUGCGUUUUUAGAUUGUUUCUGUGUGUUUGUGAUUUGUGAAAUUAUUUGCUUUUGAUUAAAAUAUAGUUUUGUUUAAAGAAAAUGGAAAA